AUGUCGGAGCUCCUCGUAAACUCGGAGAAAGGCCAUCUCAGCGCCAGCCAGCGCAUUCCCCAAAUCGCACGGCCUUUUGUCUCGGAGCGCGCGGCCAAAACGCUCGACCUGGUCGAGAAGUUCGUCGAAGAAGAAUGCAUCCCCCACGAUGAGGUGUACAUCCGGCAGAUUGGCGAGACCACUCAACAGCGCUUCACGUCGCAUCCUUCCGUCAUCGAAGACCUGAAGAAGAAGGCAAAGGCCCUCGGCUUGUGGAACAUGUUCCUGCCCAAGAACCACUUCAAGGAGGGCGCGGGGUUCAGCAACUUGGAGUACGGGCUCAUGGCGGAGUACCUGGGCAAGAGUCGGACGGCGAGCGAGGCUACCAACUGCGCGGCCCCGGAUACCGGAAAUAUGGAGGUGCUGGCCAAGUACGGCACCGACGCCCAGAAGAAGAGGUGGCUUGAGCCUCUGCUAGAAGGCAAGAUCCGCUCCGCCUUCCUCAUGACAGAGCCCCAAGUCGCCUCGAGCGAUGCCACCAACAUCGAGAUGACGAUUACGCGCGACGGCGACUCCUACGUGCUCAACGGCUCGAAAUGGUGGUCCUCAGGCAUCGGCGACCCCCGCUGCGAAAUCUUCAUCGUCUUGGGCAAAACCGACCCCAACAACGCCAACAAGUACGCCCAACAGUCCGUCGUCCUCGUCCCGCACAACACUCCCGGCAUCACCAUCCACCGCAUGCUGGGCGUCUUCGGCUACGACGACGCGCCCCACGGCCACGGUCACGUCUCCUUCACCAACGUGCGCGUCCCGGCUUCCAACCUCGUCCUCGGCGAGGGCGACGGCUUCAAGAUCAUCCAGGGGCGUCUCGGCCCCGGUCGCAUCCACCACGCCAUGCGCUCCAUCGGCGCCGCGGAGAAGGCCCUCGAAUGGUUCCUCGCGCGGAUCAACGACCCCCGCAAGAAGCCCUUUGGCGAGAUGCUGCACAAGCACGGCAUCAUGCUGGACCGCGUCGCACGCAGCCGCAUCGAGAUUGAUGCUGCGAGACUCGCCGUGCUCAACGCCGCCAUCACCAUCGACGCGUCCGACGCCAAGGGCGCCCUCAAGGAAAUCGCCGAAGUCAAAGUCCUCGUCCCGCAGAUGAACCUCGACGUCAUCGACCGCGCAAUCCAAGCCUACGGCGGCGCCGGCGUGUCGCAGGACACCCCGCUCGCGGCCAUGUAUGCGAAUGGGCGGACGAUGCGGAUUGUGGACGGGCCGGAUGAGGUGCAUCUGCUGCAACUGGGCAAGAAUGAGAACAAGCGGGGUAAGGCGCACAAGAGCAGGAUCGAGGCGCAGAGGAAGAAGGGACAUGAGCUGUGCCAGAAGUAUGGGAUUGAGCCCAAGGAUCCUUUGUACUUGGGAAGGAGUACAGGCGAGGGGAAGAGCAAGCUGUAG